UUCAACUCCUGCCAAAGCGGAGACGCACGACAAGACCAGAUUCAGCUGCACUGGAUAUCAUCAUCAUCAUCAUCAUCAUCAUCAUCAUCGUCAGCAUCAUUAUUAUUUCAGUAACCACUGUCAUUUUGACGGACACUUAAUCAACGGGUUACGAAUGACAUCCACACACUCCACAGUUUGACGCGCGCGCACCCAUGUCGUCAGAUUUGUAAAUUGGCAGCGGUGCCGCGCGUUUUUGAUGGACUCACUCAUUAGAGGACUCGAUGUGAAUUCAUGCCAACGUUCAACCAGUGCGGGAUAUGUUUCUGUGAGGGUGCGCACAGUCGGGAUGGAUUCGUCUAACGCCAGCGGAAUGGACGCGUUCACGGUGAUCCAUCUGAAUUCCUCCUCCUGGAGCCUGGACAGUGGAUAUUCUUUAGCAGCCACAGCCGGCAUCGCUGCUCUUGUAAGUUUUCUCAUUCUUUUUACCGUUGUUGGGAAUAUUCUGGUGGUCAUUGCUGUGUUAACGAGCAGGGCGCUGAAAGCUCCUCAGAACCUCUUUCUGGUGUCUCUGGCCACCGCGGACAUCCUGGUCGCCACUCUGGUGAUGCCCUUUUCCCUGGCGAAUGAACUCAUGGGUUACUGGUAUUUUGGAAAAGUUUGGUGCGGCAUAUAUUUGGCGCUGGAUGUGUUGUUCUGCACUUCGUCUAUUGUGCAUCUGUGCGCAAUAAGCCUGGACCGCUACUGGUCCGUUACGCAGGCUGUAGAGUACAACCUGAAGCGGACUCCUAAACGCGUCAAGUGCAUCAUCGUGAUUGUGUGGCUUAUAUCUGCUUUCAUAUCAUCACCACCGCUUGUGUCUAUAGACAGCAACAAUGAAGUCAGCUCUCAGCCUCAGUGUGAGCUGAAUGAUGAAACCUGGUACAUCCUCUCCUCCAGCAUCGCCUCCUUUUUUGCCCCAUGCUUAAUCAUGAUCCUGGUCUACAUCAGAAUAUAUCAAGUGGCCAAAACCAGAACCAGAGGCAUGUCGGAAAAAAGACCAAAGCCAGAUGGUGCCACACAAACUGAGAAUGGACUGAGCAAAACCAUCCCUCCUUUCCCUGGUGACAAAGAGAAUGGUCACUGUCAGUGCCCGCCUACACCCAGCCAACGCACUGUCACCAUCGGUGUGCAGACUGAGGAUGUUGACAUGGAGGACAGCACCUCCUCAGAGGGCAAAAGUCACAAACCACAACAACAUGACUCACAGCAAGCCAAGAGGGCCAGUCAAAAGAAAAGCGCUCUCUCCAAACACUCCACCCGCAUCUCCAGAGUCAGUAACAAGUCCAUGGACAUCUUUGCCUCCAGGAGGAAACGUCGCCGCAGCUCCUUAGCCCGGAAAAAGAUCUCUCAGGCCAGGGAGAAAAGGUUUACAUUUGUCCUGGCUGUGGUCAUGGGAGUUUUUGUGGUGUGCUGGUUCCCCUUUUUCUUUAGCUAUAGCCUGUACGGUGUGUGCAGGGACUCCUGUAAGAUCCCAGAGCCACUCUUUAAAUUUUUCUUCUGGAUUGGCUACUGUAACAGCUCCCUCAACCCUGCCAUCUACACGAUCUUCAACCGUGACUUUAGACGAGCCUUCCAGAAGAUCCUCUGCAAGUCGUGGAAAAAGUCCUUUUAGGUCUGAAGCAGAGCUGCUGCACCCUGACAAUCUUUGAAGUGCAUUUAGAAAAAGAAAAGAGGAACUCUGUUUUGUUUGUUACUUUUCAGUGUCCUGUUGUAAUUCAGCCAUGGAAAUGCACUUUGAUCCACCCACUGUCGGUGUCUCGAAAAUCUGCAACAUUGAGUAUGUUUUCAUUACAGGCUUCCCUGGUCUGAAUAGUGUGUGCCACUGUUCUUUUAUUCCCACUGAUGUGUGCUGUAAUGUUGAGUAGUAUUUAUCUACAUCGAGCAAGCUUUCCAUAACAUCCACAACAUUGAAACACAUGGCUGAAUUGAACCAUUACUGUGAAGUGUACAUUUUAAGAAAAAGAGGAACGCCCUAAGUGCAAAAGUGAGCCAACACUGACAGUUCUUUGUAAAGGCCACAGAUUUGUGAACAUUUUGGUUUCAUUAUUUUGAAAGGAAUGUGCAACAAAUUUGGAGUUACUGACACGGAUGAAGGUCCAGUGUGUCAAAUUGCGGUGAAUUUACUUUGAUAAA